CUCAAUAACAGUACUGGUAAUUUCGAUGAAAAGGUUGUCAUUCACUCUUUUAAUGACUUUUUCACCAGCACAUCAUGGCUGGGUUUUACAAUAUCCAUCCUUUCUAUAAUAACCAGCCAACUGGUAGGAUUCCUUGCUGACAGAAUUCAGCAAAAAUUCAAGUUGAUAUUGUGCUUCUUGCUAAUGGUGUCUGGUUUGUCCUUCUUAUGGUUUUCACUAUCAUUGUAUGGAUAUGGGAGCAAGAAUUCAAUAAACUUAUUCGUCAUUUUCUGCUUCUGUAAUGUAAUGCUCACUACAGCGUUUCCAAUAUUUUGUGAAGCAGUUGUUGAACAGACCUAUCCCAUUGCUGAAGGAACGAGCACUGGAUUAUUAAUUUUAGCCCUUCAUACUGGCACUUUGAUAUUUGCUAUCAUUGGAAUAUCAGGAGUUUUUUCAGAUAAGCAUCCAGAGAGAGCCAGAGCAAUGAGUUGGGUAGCCACUGGAGCUAUAUUCCUUGCACUGCUACUGGUUGUAUUCUAUUCUGAGGAUCACAGGAGAUUAAAAGUUGACAAGAAAGGGAAGCAAGAAGAAAACCAUAAAUACCUGCCUAUUAAUUAAUUUAAUGAAUAUCAAUUUUUCCUUUUUCAAUGUUUUUACUCUGCAUAGUGUUGUUGUGUGGGUGUGUUUAGCUUGAGAGACAAUAUGGAAGGAGAGCCUCGAGGAGAACAGCAACAGCACAAGACAUACAAGGGUCGAUACUAUGUCCUUACUGUUGUGUCACUCAUGUCUGCGCUCCAAAAUGUCGGUUGGUUUACUUUUAGUCCAAUAGCUGCUGAGGCCAAGGAGUGGUACGGGCUGACUGAUAUCGAAUUAACACUUCUACCAGCCUACAGUCCAAUAUGCUUUCUCAUAUUAACUUUUCCUUUUACAUGGUUUGUACAAAAAUUUGGUCUCAGGAUUGCUGGCAUCAGUGCUGCUUGGCUUUUAGCGAUCGGUUUUACCAUUCGUGUAUUUGUUCCAUACGUCCCUGAGGCCUCCAACUGGAUAUGGCUAAUGCACAUUGGACACAUACUAAUAGGUUAUGUGGGGCUACCAGCAAUGAUACUGCCACCAAUAGUCAGCUCAGUUUGGUUCAGUCCUAAAGAGAGGACAUUUAGUACGGCUAUUGGCGUGUGUGCACAAUCUUUUGGAGGUGCUGUUGGCUUUCUUUUAAUCUCAUUCCUCACUUUGCAGUAUGGGAUUAGAACAAUGCUGUAUGUAAUGGCUGAAUUGAGUAUAGCCGUUGCUAUCCUCUUCUCUAUAUACUUUCCCUCACAACCACCAACACCUCCUUCAAUAUCUGCUGAAAAGGAUCGAACCACUUUCAAGGAAUCCCUCUUCAAGCUGCUCCGUAAUAAAGGUUUUCUAUUAUUAGUCACUGCAGCUGGGAUUGGCCUUGGAAUAGCAUUUGGUUUCCAGUCAGUUCUCUCAAUUAUUCUUAAUAAAAAUACGAGUGAUUUUGACGAGACAGUUGACCUUCACUCUUUUAAUGAUUUUAUAACUAGUACGUCAUGGCUAGGAUUUACAAUGUCUGUGUUUUCUACAAUUUUGGGUCAGUUUGUUGGGUUCUUUGCAGACAGGUUUCAGCGUAAAUUCAAAAUUUUACUUUGUCUGUUGCUUUUCCUUUCAACUGUCUCAUUUUUAUGGUUCUCCCUGUCAAUUUAUGGAUAUGGUAGUCAAAAUUCGAUAAACCUAUUUGUUACUUUUUGUGUUGGUAAUGUAAUGAUCUCUACAUCAUUUCCCAUCUUCUAUGAAGCAGUGGUUGAACAGACGUAUCCCAUUGCUGAAGGAACAAGUAGUGGAGUACUGACAUUGACCCUCAACAUUGGAACCUUGAUAUUUUCUAUUAUUGGAAUAGCUGGAGUUUUUUCAGAUAAGUAUCCUGAAAGGGCUAAAGCAAUGAGUUGGGUAGCCACUGGAGCUUCACUUGUUGCAUUGCUGCUAGUUUUCUUAUACUCUGAAGACUACAAGCGAUUAACAGUUGACGACAAGGAGAAAGAUAAUCAAAGUGAAAGCAAAAAACACUUUCUAUCAAAGAAAACUGGAGUUGCAAUUAUCAAUUGAACUUAUUGUGUUAUAGAAUUUUUAUUGUUUUAGAAUUUUUGCCUCAAAGAUUGUGUUGAUAAUUAUAAGCAAA